GACAGCUAGCGACAAGCCGCCAUCCGCCGCGUUCGGCUAUAGGCUAAUCCGGACUAACGGCAGAUUUAAAUGAUGCCAUUGUCCUUGAAUCACAAUGGAUCCAUUGACCAAGCUCCCCGCCUGAUCCACUUGGCAGAUGCUGGGUUGGAAAAUUCUCACACACACAAAGGAACUUCCCUUUUGGAGUAUAGCAAGCAGACACACACACAGCACAGCACAGGGUGUAAGAAAGAGGCAAGACCCUACAGAGGUUGGACUGGUGAAGACAGGCAAGAUGUAAUGUUCAUGGGAAAAAAGACAACUUGGUCAAGUCCAAUUAAUAAACUAUAAUGGCGUCUCAGAGGAACAGAGAGAGGGAAGUUGGGGUGGAACAGGACAUGGCCCUUUCUCCCAUGUGUUUGAUGGGAUGUUUAUCCCCAAAGUCUGUCGUGAAAGUGAAAAGGAAAAUGAAGAAGUGGAAGAAGUGGACAGAAGAAAGUAGAUGAAAAAAUGGAAGCACAAGAAAGCGUCCGUGACCAUGUUUUACCACCUUGUCAAGCAAAAUAAAUUGGAGGAUGUCACGGAGCAGCAUGGCCUGGUCCUGCCUGAAGACCUGGACUUCAUCAAGGAACAAAUUGCUGGACCGAUUGACCCAACCAUUGUGGAGUGGGCUUACGAAAGCAGACCAGAGAAUAAGUCCUUCCUGUACGAAAUCAUAGCCAACAAGAGAAACGGUGUUGAUGUUGAUAAAUGGGACUACUUUGCCAGGUAUGUCAUGCUUUCAAAUACUUGGUUGUCAAAGGUCUCUGAAAUUGCAUUCCUAAACACAUUCUUAUCAAUUGUCCUCUGUCAAACAUGCAGGGACUCCUCCUACCUUGGUCUUCAGAGUAACUUUGACCAUGACCGCUUUAUCAAAUUUGCCCGAGUCUGUGAGGUGGAUGGGAAGUCUCAGAUCUGUACCAGAGACAAGGUGCCACUUGUAGUACUUGUAGUACCUAACCCUUAUUAAUGCACACUCGCUUCCAGUUUCCAUCGCAUGAAAAAAUUAUUCCACAAUUCUUUGUAACCCGUUGUCAAAUUGAACCAUAUGAAUAUGAUGGAAGGUAACUGUUAGGUGUGAUUGAUGCUUUCAAACGUCCCCAUUAUCAGGGGCGUGUUCAGGGAGGGGCCUAGGGUGGCAUGGGCCACCCCUGAAAUCUGAUUGGCCACC